GGCGGGCGGGCGGCUGACGGGGGCGGCCGGCGGUCCUGCGCGCUCGGCGGCGGCAUCUCCAUGGGGCUGGCCCGCGGCGCCGGUGCGCUCUAAGGGAGACGGCGAAUUCUGUGUUCAUCAGAACUUUUCCACUGCUGCACCGAGGGCACGCCCUUCCUCCAGGGGGCUUGGGAUCCCGGAGAAUUGCCUUUGUGAAAAGCUGGCAAUAAUUUCUUUAAAUUCCGUCUCUUAGUUUUCCACUUUGUUACGUAUCGGAGGAACAUCAAGAAACCAUGAACAGCUUUAGUAAUGCAGAGUUUGACUGCCAUUUCCUCGAUGAAGGCUUUACUGCCAAGGACAUUCUGGACCAAAAAAUCAAUGAAGUUUCCUCUUCUGAUGAUAAGGAUGCCUUCUAUGUCGCGGAUCUGGGAGACAUUCUAAAGAAACAUCUGAGAUGGUUAAAAGCUCUUCCUCGGGUCACCCCCUUUUAUGCAGUUAAAUGCAAUGAUAGCAGAACCAUAGUGAAGACCCUAGCUGCCAUUGGGACAGGAUUCGACUGUGCCAGCAAGACUGAAAUCCAGCUGGUGCAGAGUCUCGGGGUGCCUCCGGAGAGGAUCAUCUAUGCAAAUCCUUGUAAACAAGUGUCUCAGAUUAAGUAUGCUGCCAAUAACGGAGUCCAGAUGAUGACUUUCGACAGUGAAGUGGAGUUGAUGAAAGUUGCCAGAGCUCACCCAAAGGCAAAGUUGGUUUUGCGGAUUGCCACCGAUGAUUCCAAGGCAGUCUGUCGCCUCAGUGUUAAAUUUGGUGCCACACUCAAAACCAGCAGGCUUCUUUUGGAACGGGCGAGGGAGCUAAAUAUUGAUGUCAUCGGUGUCAGCUUCCACGUGGGAAGUGGCUGUACCGAUCCCGAGACCUUCGUGCAGGCCAUCUCCGACGCCCGCUGUGUCUUUGACAUGGGGGCUGAGGUUGGUUUCAACAUGUGUCUGCUCGAUAUCGGUGGCGGCUUUCCUGGGUCUGAGGAUGUAAAGCUUAAAUUUGAAGAGAUCACCAGUGUUAUCAACCCCGCCCUGGACAAGUACUUCCCGGCAGACUCGGGGGUGCGAGUCAUAGCUGAGCCCGGCAGAUACUACGUCGCGUCCGCUUUCACGCUUGCAGUUAAUAUCAUUGCCAAAAAGCUCGUAGUAAAGGAACAGACGGGCUCUGAUGAUGAAGAUGAAUCGAGUGAACAAACCUUUAUGUAUUACGUGAAUGACGGAGUGUACGGAUCAUUUAAUUGCAUCCUUUAUGAUCACGCACACGUGAAGCCCCUUUUGCAGAAGAGACCCAAACCAGAUGAGAAAUACUACUCAACCAGCAUAUGGGGACCAACAUGUGACGGCCUUGAUCGCAUCGUUGAGCGCUGUGACUUGCCCGAGAUGCACGUGGGCGAUUGGAUGCUCUUUGAAAACAUGGGUGCUUACACUGUUGCUGCUGCUUCUACUUUCAACGGGUUCCAGAGGCCAACCAUCUACUACGUGAUGUCGGGGCCGACAUGGCAACGGAUGCAGCAGAUCCAGAACCACGACUUCCCGCCCGAAGCGGAGGAGCAGGACGCGAGCGCGCUGCCCGUGUCCUGCGCCCGGGAGAGUGGGAUGAAGCGCCCCCCGGCCGCCUGCGCCUCGGCCAGCAUUAACGUGUAGGUGCCGCUCCUGGAGCCGCUCACUCGGGAGUUUAGCUUGAAUUCUGGGAUUGGGGGGGACCGUCUAACUUAACUACCGCUAGUUUCGAAAUGUCUUUGCAAGUAGGGUUGGCACGGAUGCAACAAUACGGAAGACUAGGAGUUGGGGUCACUUAUCUGUGUUCCUAUGGAAACUAUUUGAAUAUUUGUUUUAUACGGAUUUUUAUUCACUUUUCAAACAUGCUACUAAAGAGUGCCCCUCAGCUGCUGAGCAAGCGUUUGUAGCUUGUGCGUCGGCAGAACGGGCCGAAAGCUUAGUGCUGUGACCGGUUUUAAAAAUAAAGUAUCUUGAAAUAAUCGGGCAUUGGGGAAUUUUUACACCGUGUCCAUUCCAAACGGCUCAUCCCGAGUGUGUGUUGUGAGGGGGGGACCGAUGUUUUGCCCCACUGCCGAGAACGUUGUCGCCGAGGACUUGGGAACCGAACCCGUGGUUUUCAGUAUUUUGAAAAGCCAUCAAAAAAUUCCCUUCGUCCUGUUGAGUGUUUUUCUUUCAAGUACGUGAGUUUUGUAGAAAGCUGGCCGCGCGUUUGCAUAAAGAACAGUGGACCCGGCCCACGUGCAGGCGGAAGGAGAAGCGUGGACGAGACAGGCCGUGCCCUCUGCUGCUGGCCCGGGUCAGACCCCCGAGUGUCCACAGAAGUGGCUGGUGAAGGAGGGCCCAGAGCCCCUGGUUGACUGACUGUCGCGUCAGGGCUUGUGCCCAGGGAAGGAGGGGAGGGCCCGUGAAACCUCUUGCGUGCUGCCUUCGGGCCCCACCUUUCCUUCCCGCCCGUCUUCUCUCCCAGGACCAGCUGUGUAGCUACGCGUUAGGAGAGUGGUACAACGUUUGGCAACUUACUUUAAUAAAUGCGACGACCAUUA